CCUCUCCCUCCUCUCUCUCACUCUCCUUCACUCCUCUCUUUCGCCUGUCUUUUAUCAUUCACAUGUAUCUUCUUCAAGCGGUUCUUUCCUCCAAGUCAGCACUGCAUCAGCCAAGCUGCAUCCUGCUAGUUCUGGACAAAAAGGGUUAAACAAAAAUCUAGCUUUGACCUCUGUCUUCUCAGCACUUCAGUGGGAACCUGUUUCGAAAGGACAUGGCUUCCUGGUUUAUAUUUGGCUUGUCCUAACCUUGCCUCUCUUUGGAUCUCUCACUCCGUGGGAAAGAGUUUAAGACUUUGAUCAAAACGUCUGUAGCUGUUUCUGACUGGCGGUCUUAUUGCGGUAGUCAGGGAAACCCCCUACCUUGGUAUCCUAAGGGGGAGGAGGAGACUUACUGAAGCAGAAAACAUAGUUGGAUAAAAAUAAAGCAGAACAGGAAGAGAAAGAAGAAGAAAAAGAAGAAUAUAGAGAGAAAGAGAGAGGAACAGAGGGAGAAGUGAAGCAGAAUCAGAAGAAGAAGACAUCAUUGUUGUCAGAGAGUGGAACAGCUUAGUGUCCCUCAAGCAGAGAGAGUGCGAGUGAGUGAGUGAAAGAGUGAGAGAGAGAAAGAGAGAGAGAGAGAGAGAGAGAGAGAAAAAAAAUCAGAGUAAGUCAUAAACAAGCAACGCUGACUGCAGCAUGUGCGACGCUCUGGACUCUGUCACUUUAUGAAGACGACUGUAUUCUCUGAGCACAGGAACCUCCAGGACAUUCCAUCCUUUCAGUGGGUUUUUUUUGGACACACAGAAGCAUGCAGCGCGAAUAAGACAGGACACCGUUGGUUUCUGUAAAAGCUACAGGCUUUGAAUUAACAGAAGCAAGUUCCACCUCGGACCUUGUGAAGUUUUUGCCCCCUCAUCCUCCCAUACCUCAUUCUGCUAUUGCCAAGGAUUCAGUCUGUUCUCUUUUAGCCAUGCAGGUGUCCUUUGCAUGCACGGAUCAUGGGCUCAAGGCGCCACGGAACAAUGAGCCAACCAAGCAAAACACAACGAGUCCAAACACGACAAGUGCAGCCCGGGCUCGGUUCCGCACAGUGGCACUAAUCGCUCGAAGCCUGGGAUCCUUCACACACCGACACCACAUCUCACUGAAGGAAUCCACAGGCAAACUUACUGGCAUGAAGUACAGGAAUCUUGGGAAAUCUGGAUUGCGGGUAUCAUGUUUGGGGCUUGGAACAUGGGUGACAUUUGGGGGUCAGAUUUCUGAUGAGGUAGCAGAGCAGCUCAUGACUAUAGCCUAUGAGAAUGGGGUUAACCUCUUCGACACAGCUGAGGUUUACUCAGCCGGAAAAGCUGAAAUCAUUCUUGGAAAUAUCAUCAAGAAGAAAUGCUGGAGGAGAUCGAGUCUAGUGAUCACUACCAAACUUUACUGGGGAGGAAAAGCGGAAACUGAAAGAGGUCUCUCGAGGAAGCACAUCAUUGAAGGUUUGAGAGGGUCUUUACAGCGGUUACAGUUAGAGUACGUGGAUGUUGUCUUUGCCAACAGGCCUGAUAACAACACUCCUAUGGAGGAGAUCGUGAGGGCAAUGACUCACGUUAUAAACCAGGGAAUGGCCAUGUACUGGGGAACAUCACGCUGGACCGCCAUGGAGAUAAUGGAGGCAUAUUCUGUGGCAAGGCAGUUUAACCUGAUCCCUCCAGUGUGUGAGCAGGCCGAGUAUCAUUUCUUCCAGAGGGAAAAAGUGGAAGUGCAGCUGCCUGAACUUUACCAUAAAAUUGGUGUGGGUGUGGUGUCCUGGUCUCCCCUGGCAUGUGGAAUCAUCACAGGGAAGUAUGAGAAUGGUGUUCCAGAAUCCUCCAGGGCAGCAAUGAAGUCCUACCAGUGGCUGAAGGAUAAGAUAGUGAGUGAGGACGGAAGAAAACAGCAGGCUAAGCUAAAGGAGCUGAGUCACAUUGCAGAAAAGCUUAGCUGUACACUGCCACAACUUGCCGUGGCAUGGUGUUUACGGAACGAGGGGGUGAGUUCAGUUCUGCUGGGGAGCUCCACCCCUUCACAACUCACAGAAAAUCUCGGUGCAAUACAGGUGCUUCCAAAGAUAACACCUCACAUUGCCUCAGAGAUUGACAAACUUCUGGGUAACAAACCCCACAGUAAGAAAGACUAUCACCACUGAGGAAUUCUGGGACUGUAUUGGAAUGGUUGUCGUUCUUGACAUGUCAGUGUCUCUGUCACCGGCUAUGUGGCAUUACUAUAGAACAUUGCUGUUAUAUUUACAUAAUGGCAGUAUAUUCCACCCAAAGCAUUUCAGUAUGUCUUGAGUCUGUCAACAGAGCCAUGCAUGCUUAAGUGUGUGUCCGUCUGACUGAAGAUCUCUGUAAAAAAAUGCCUCAAAUUAGUAGCUCAUAUUCUAAACAGUCCCUUUGUCUAACAUGCAUAAUAAUAAAAUAUAACAGUUGGUCAUCCCUUCUUUGUCCCAUUGAUUGAUUUGGAAGACAAAUCCGUUGAAUCAUCAUGUCUGCGGAUAAAAUGUUUAAAUGUAGGUUUGCAUUGUGUGAUUGUGAUUGGCUGUUCAAGCUGGGAUAGCAUUGAACAGAUGGACAAAUACUGUGCUUUCCAAAUUGUCUGACAUUUUACCCUUAAAAUCCAACUAGUGUAUGCCUGUUACCUAUUCACAGUUGUGCUGUGUUCUGUUUAACCAUAUAUGGAUAUGUACCUUUUCCAGAAAAUCUGCUAAUUCUGCUGCUGGAUUUGCAAUUUAAAUUCUGACAGUCUUUUAUUUAAUGGCUUCGUUUGCUAACACAAAUGGUCAUGCUGGUGUAUUUAACCUGUGAUUAAGCUGCUCCUGAAAGUUUCAGAUUAGAAGAGAGAUGUAGUAUGAUACAUAGAAUAAUGCAAUAUAUUUAAACCUGACUGUUCCAAUGGAAUGGUCAAAGUGUUUACAGAUUUGUGAUAUAGGAUGUAAAGAACUUUACUGUUUAAUUUGCUUUAAGAAAUGAAAUAAAACAGCUCCUCCACAAAUCGUUGAGUCAUUUUUCUCUUUAGAUAAAAAGAACAGUGGCAUCUAUAUUGGUCCACAAAAAUACACAUGCUAUAGAAUACAAGUGUGAAAGUGUGUGUAAAAUAAUGAAUACAAAUG